CCCCACGCCAUUUCAAUGGACGCCUUUGACUUGUUUCGGAAGCUGGGAGCAGGGGCAAAAUUCGAUUUUAAGAGGUUUGGGAAAGAUGCAGAACGAUUUAAGGUUGUGAGACCACAAGGCAAAGAUGGGUCCUCGGAUAUUCUCUCUGGGAUCGACUUUUUUGGAACGGGGGUUACUAACCUAGGCAGCCAAAGCAGGGCUGUAGAAGAAGAGAAGGAAGGAGAAGAUGACGAACAGGGAGACGACGAGGAAACAUCCGUCAGUGGAAAAAGAAAACUGCGUGUUGAACAGACAACUGCAAAGAAGAAGAAAAAGAAAGGCAGAUUUGGUGAAACCGAAGAUCAAAACAAUGGGCAGUCUGGGGAGAGCGAAGGUGAAGGAAUCCGCUGGACUUCCUCCCUGGACAGGAAUACCAAAGACCUUCAGAAGGAGGGGCAGGAGAAGACCUCUCUCAAGAGAAUGAAGCAGCUACACAAGGAGAAGGUGAACCGUUUACGUGCACAACACCGGAUCAACGUGCACGGCAGUGACGUGCCUGACCCGCUGUGCACGUUUGCGGAGUUGCAGUCGGAGUACCGUCUGAGCCCGCGGGUCCUUCAGAACCUGCGAGAGGCGGGGCUCACCUCCCCGACACCCAUACAGAUGCAGGCCAUACCGCUGAUGAUGCAUGGUCGUGAGAUCCUGGCGUGCGCCCCUACAGGUUCAGGGAAGACCCUGGCCUUCUGUCUCCCCCUGCUGGCCCACCUCCAGCAGCCAGCCAAUCUGGGCUUUAGGGCUGUCAUCAUCUCCCCCACCAGAGAGCUGGCCAGCCAGACCCACAGAGAGCUGGUUCGUCUGUCGGAGGGGACAGGCUUCAGGGUCCACAUCAUCGACAAGGCUUCCAUGGCCGCCAAGAAAUACGGACCUCAGUCCAGCAAGAAAUAUGAUAUCCUGGUCAGUACUCCUAACAGAGUCGUCUUCCUCCUGAAACAAGAUCCUCCAGCACUGGACCUUAGCAGUGUGGAGUGGCUGGUGGUGGACGAGUCCGACAAGCUGUUUGAGGACGGCAAGAGUGGCUUCAGGGAGCAGCUGGCGGCCGUGUUCCUGGCCUGCUCUGGUCCCCGUGUCCGCCGGGCGCUCUACAGCGCCACCUGCGCCGCGGACGUGGAACAGUGGUGCCGCCUCAACCUCGACAACCUGGUCUCGGUCAACAUCGGGCACAGGAACACGGCGGUGGAGACGGUAGAACAGGAGCUUCUUUUUGUGGGGACAGAGAAUGGAAAACUACUGGCCAUGAGGGACAUCAUCAAGAAGGGGUUUCUGCCCCCCAUGCUGGUGUUUGUACAGUCGAUAGAGCGAGCACGAGAGCUCUUCCACGAGCUGGUGUACGAGGGCAUCAACGUGGACAUCAUACACGCCGACCGUACACAGCAGCAGAGAGAGAACGUUGUGAGUAAUUUCCGCUCAGGAAAGAUCUGGGUGUUGAUCUGCACAGCCCUACUGGCCAGAGGGAUCGACUUCAAGGGAGUCAACCUGGUGCUGAACUACGACUUCCCCACCAGCGCCGUGGAAUACAUCCACCGCAUCGGGCGAACGGGCAGGGCCGGCCACACAGGGAAGGCAGUCACCUUCUUCACGGAGAAUGACAAGCCGCUGUUGCGCAGCAUUGCCAACGUGAUUAAGCAGGCCGGCUGUCCUGUACCAGACUACAUGGUCGGCUUCAAGAAAAUCCACAGUAAGGUGAAGCGUCAGCUGCAGAAGAGGCCUCCCAAGAGGAGCACCAUCCGCACCACGCCAAGCUUCCUCCUAAAGAAGGGAGAGAGACAAGGAGAGAAGGCCCAAACGAAGAAAGGAGGACACCUGCAGAAGAAACGAGGGCAGAGAAGCGAAGAAAAAGUCAAGAAGAAGGGUGAUGGACAGAAAAAAGGAAAGAAAGUGCAGAAGAGUGGAGGAGGAGCAGGGGGAAACCCAGUCGGCAAAAAGCUGAAAAACGGCCUGGCGCCCUCUGCUGGAGUCAAGGAGAAGAGGAAAAAGGUGAAGAAAGCCACGGCAGAGAAUGGACAAGCUGCUUGAGAGCAUGGACCUAGCAUGGUGCCAGUCGUGGGCAGAUGAGAGGACGAGACAGACUGACUUGUAUAUGAGGACACUGUUCUGUUUGCUUUGCAACCAAUGUUGCAGUCUUUUCUAAUAUACUUCACUUGGACUUUUUAUGAAGAACUCAAUAAAUCGGUGUAAAUUGUU